GGCUCUCCAGCAAGACCAGUUUUUGGGCUAGCUAUUUCUUGUCAGGUGGGUGUUAUAAGUUUUGAAGCAGUUGUAGCAAAUGAAGGUUCACUCAUACAAACAUAAAAAUGUGUCACUUUUAGUUUUCCACUUAAACCAUGUACAACACCUAAUGAGCUCAGCCGUGACAGGUGUUCCAGGUUGUAGCCCUCUAUGACAGCUCUAAUAGAUACCAUCAUAUUAAUUACCAUUAUCAUAACUUUAUCACACGUCAUAUUUAACAUAUUUCAUGAUGGUAUGAAUGAUAAAAUUAUUGUUUUAAAAAACUGUCUGAUCAAAUUAUCAAAUUUUAGAAAUAUUAGGUUUGUGGAGAGAGGAAAACCAGUGAACCCAGAGAAAAGUCUCUGCUGAAGAAAUAUUCAACCAGGUUGACUUUUGAAAGUUAAACAAUGAUGUGAAUCAAUGCCUGCUGUGAUUGGUCAUUACCCAUGAGCUAUUAGAACUUACAGAUACAUGUACAUGGAUGAGGUCAUGGAAAACUUGUUUUUUUUGUAUUGUUCAACAUGGCACGCAGUUUCGAAAAUAUUUGUGAGAUUUUUUCAGAUUAAGCAAGUGAAAGCCUCGAAAAAAGUUGAGCAGGGGCUAUUUACAAAGAAAGAAAAUGGAAAAACAGAGACAAAAAGAGUUCUUAACAACUUGAGAAUGCCUAUACUGCGUGCAAGAAAACUUCACAACAGUUGCCAUCGUGUGUCAUAUUCGCUACGAGAGUCUCGCUGUUUUGCAAAAUAUUUUCGGCAUUUCUGCUUUGAGCAAAUGAAGACGUUGAAAACCUUUUGAAGAAACUGUUUACAAGUAAGAUAAGGAAAAAAAGAAGAAGCGAGGACAAAAAGUAGUGUGUGGGACUUAAAAAAUGCCUAAACAAGCAUAAAUCUUCGAACAAUCAAGCGGUACGAGGCGGGUAUGUGUAUCCGUCUUAUUCUUAUUCUUUUCUGAUCAUUGUAUAAAACAAAAAGUUUCCAUUUUGCCUUGGGUCUGUUCAGUAAUAGAUCACAGAUGAUGUCAAAAUGUGGUAAAAACAUCAGUGACACACGCACCUAUGGCUUAUGUGCCACUUCUUUGUUUUUACCACCUUGCUCCAUUCUGUUUAACAAAUUGUGUUAAAAUUUUGUUUUGAGCAAUAGGAUUUCCUUCUAAAAAUAUUGCAUCUGUUAUGUAAACUAAUUUAGUUUUUUUUAUGUUAUCUUAGAGAAAUGUCAGCUACUUGCCAAAGGCAGGUCCUGGAGGAAGAUCCUCUUUUAGUGGAGUGGUUGCAACUGUAUUUGGCAGUACUGGCUUUUUAGGACGAUAUGUCCUCAAUAGACUAGGUAAUUACAGCUGAAUGGGGCUAGAAACUUGUUUGAGUGCUCAAGUGAUACUGCCUAGUAUGUACAUUUAUAUAGUUUUCUAUGUUCAUUAGCCACUGCUCAGUUAUCUCAGGAUCAAGGGGGACAGAGUUUAGAUCUUACGUGGCCUGAAGCAGUAGCAGAGGGCACCUGUAUGAUUUUGGCAAUGUCCAGUUUUAUCUUUCUUGAUCCUGUGUAAUUCAACCAUCAGCUGUGAGGGAGAAAAUUUGUGCUGUUCAUUGUUCUUUGUAAAUUCCAGUCUUAAAAGUGUGCAUGUACGGCUAAGGCAAAAUGUGGUGACCCACAUCAUGGUGGAGCUCAAUCUAGAUGUGUUAACAGUUAAAGGAGUCUUCUUACUCAGUUCCUUUGUAUGGUUAUUAAGCCUGCUCUCAGUUUCUUGUACACUUCAAUCACACAUGCAGCAUGUAAAGAACCCAUCCCUAUUUUGCUAUGUCUGACUGAUCAAGUUUUUGCUUCCUGUGUUAACAUCUUUCAGUUGUCUAAAAUGGUACACCCUCUUUUCACAGGGCGUGGUGGAAAUCAGAUCAUUGUGCCAUAUCGUGGAGAUGAGUAUGACUACAGGCACCUCAGGCUUAUGGGGGAUCUAGGACAAAUAAUGUUUUUUGUAAGUCAUAUGAUUAGUUCCUAAAGAAUCUUCUGUUUUUAUCUUGAAAAAGUGAUUUUCUUAAUGUAAAGCUUUAUUUUGCUCUUUUGAGGUGUGGUGUACUUGAACAAUUUGUUGAUAAUUUUGUUUUGAGGAAUUGGGACUUGCCCUACGAGAACUUGACUGCUGCUUGGUUAGUUCAGUUGGGAGAGGGCUGAUCUACUGGGCGGGAGAUCGUGGGUUCAAACCCCGGCCGGAACAACACUCAGAAUCGUUAAAUAACUGCAUUUACCAUGGCUUAAGGCAUUGCUCUUAUUCUUGUCCCUUUCAUUUGUACUUCCAAGAUGAAGAUUAUUGUGUCUAAUAAUAAGUUAGUACUCAAUACAGCCAUGUCUUGAAAUUAAUUUUCACAGGAUUAUCACCUCAAGGAUGCUGAAUCUGUGGCUAAAAUGUUGACACAUUCUAACUGUGUCAUUAACUUGGUUGGUAGACAAUAUGAAACAAGGUAUACAUGGUAAUACUAAAAUAAUUGUUAUGUUGACGAUGAUGUUGAUGCUCUAUUUCUACAAAGAAUAUCAAAAUACCUGUUACAUGAUUAAAAUCAGUGUUGAUUGGGAUUUAUUUCACACUAUAAAUUUACUAGAGGGUAAAGGAUAAAUGCUGUACCGUAUUUAUUCGAUUAAACGGCGCGACGCUUAUUAAGUUUUUAGUGUUUCCAGUGCAGCAUUUAUUAAAGGGCAGUGUUUUUUUCAAAAUUACUUUUUUUAUAAUCUCUGACAACAGUACUGUUGUUGUAAAUCAUUUGUAAAUAUUAUGUACUUUAAAGGUUCCAGUGUCUCCGUUAUUUUGCUGAGAUAGAAACGUAAAUGUCUGCCGUGGAUGGUGUAAAUUACCAAGUUAUACCGAAGUUUUUCUUAUUAUUGUCGAGUAAGUGCCGCAUUCUUCUGAUUAGUUGCGGUAUUUAUUUGAGGGGGAGUUUAUUGGUUAUUUUGCUUCCAUCUGUUCGGUGGUGUUUAAUUGAAUAAAUACUUUAUCUCUACAGGAACUUUUCUUUUGAUGAUGUACACAACACAGGAGCAAGAGUUAUAGCUAAAGCUGCAAAAGAAGCUGGAGUCAAACGAUUGAUCCAUGUCUCAGCACUCAAUGCUAGUGAAGACAGCCCAUCAAAAUUUCUACAGUCCAAGGUGAAACUACUUCCUAAACAGUCAAAAAAUAGUAGAUUGACUCAUAAUGAUUUGAGCACUUAACGUUCAAUGACGUCUUUUAAAUAUUUUACAAUUUACGUCAUCUUCAGUUAACCCUUUGAUGACCACUUUGGUAGUUUUUGGUCCAUAUAGAACGAUGCAUGUGGAAGGAAAAUAGCUUAAUAUCUUAAACUGAAAGCGUGAAAGCUUCUAGUUUAAGCUUUUAACUCGGUAACCAGCAGAAUCAGCAAAGAAACAAUGUAGAUCUUUCCACUGAUUCCUCAUUUUGGAAAUGGUGACCAAUUUUGACAGAGUUAAGCAAGUAGCAUCUUGGGGAAAAAUCGACUAGCUGAUUUCUCUAUUUACAUACUACUCUUUGUGAAUUGAAUUUGUCCCUUCCCUAUCUGAAACAUUUGCCAGCCACAAGUUCAUGCAAAAAAGGCAAUAAAGGGGGCAACAAAACCUCAUAAAAGUAAAGAAAAGCAAGGGAAAAAAGAGAGCAAGAAAGAAAGAUCGAAAUUAAAAAAAAGAAAAACAAAAGAAGAUAAUACAAAUUUUGGCUUCAAGGCACAUAUGCCACGAGCAAAAAAGCUACUUAAUUACAUCAGAUUAGUCAGAAAAUAUGCCCUUAUUGUUGCAAAAAUCAUUUUUUGCCCUUCCCAUGCAAAUGUGCCAAAUUCAGUCCAAAUAAGAGUAAAUGUUGAAAAAAAUGUGUUUUUUUUGCUACAUCUCACUGGCCAUGGCCAAAGGAUUAAACCACUGUAUAAUUAUGCUAAAAUGUUUUUGUGUCGCUUUUAUUUUUCAGAAUUUUGUCUUUUUUAACACUGUCGUUAUUUUUCUGGGAUUUGGUAGUAAAAAUAUUGAUUUGUUUCUUCUGUGAUUCUUGACCAAUGCUUGUGGAAAGUUAUUGGCCGCUUACCCCCCUAGCUAAGUAACAACCUCUAAAUAGCGCUUUAUACUAAUGACGUCACAAAUUUCUGGUCCCUGCUGUGACUCAGACAUUUCACCUGACCAGUAUAAGAGUUUAGUAUGGGAAAGUCACAUUCGGCAACAAAUUUUCAUCGUCUUUGAAGAUGUUUAUCGUUAAAGGAAACAAAAUGCAGCUUGGUUUCGAUGAUAAAUAUCCCGAAAAUAAUCAACGCCUGCCAAGACAGCGUUAAACGUGGAAAAAACUGUACAGAUGAGUGGUUGUAUUUCUUAUGCGGCAUCAUAAUGCUGUGGGUAAAAUUAUGUUAAAAUGUGUGGAGAGUAUGGCUUCAUAGCUGUGCCUGAAACGGUGCAUUUGGUUAAAUUUAUGGGCAAAGGUUGCUCAAUUUUUUUUUUUCGAGUGCUUAUGUUACGCUACUUAGUACUACAGGAUAUAAAGUACUAAAGUAUUCGUCCCGGAUUCAUAUGGUCUACCUGGCCGCAGAACAACAGAACAAACUUACACAAUUUCCGGUUUGUGCUAAUAUUGGUGUGCUUUUCACCUUAGAUAUUCUAUCACAGGCUUGCGAGAAGCACACCCAAACUCGAUUUUCUCUUUAGCCAUUUCGGUUUUGGAGUAUUACACAGCCAAUAAUGUUAUGUCAUGAUUCAGUGCAUAGCGGUGCUUUCUGCCUAAGACAGAGAGCUAGGGAUCUGAUUUCAGUAGCCUUCUUCGAUCGAGUCACUUUAUUUUCUGAUUUUAACAAUUUAUUUGAGUUACUAGACCAGGUUUUGCUCCCAAUAGCAGUAGUGCCUUUUAUAUAUUGGAAUUAUGCUCAAAAAACAUUUCAAAAACGCUCACUGCGAAUUUUAUGAACAAUUUUCAUGUUGGAAACGUAUGUUUCCCAUACAAAGCCUUGCGGUAGAAUGCGAAGUUUGUCUGAGUCACGCGGGGGGGGGGUCUAAGGUGACAAAACCUAUUUUUAGUAAUAGUAGAAAGCGCUAUUGGUACAGUAUUGAAAACCUAUGGACGGUUCUCUUGAUCCAGAAGAUAUCAAACUCCAUACAUUCUCUACCUCCAUAAUACAGAUGCCUCUGUAAUGUAGACACUUGGUAAAUAAUGUCCCUUUGGUGUCUGUAAAUCAAAGAGGUGUGACUGUACAAUGUGUUUACUGUGUUUUGUUCUUAUGUCAGGCUCGUGGAGAGGCCGCCGUACGAGAGGAGUUUCCAGAUGCUACCAUACUACGACCAGCUACAUGUUUUGGCCAUGAGGAUCAUUUCUUAAACUACUAUGCAUGUAAGCUGUGCAUAAAGUUGAAUAUACCUUUUCUUUGCCUUUUAAAAAGUAACAACUUGCUUAAAAGUUAAUUUACCUUCUACAGGGACAGGGUAAAGGGUAAAAUUAAUGGCAUGCAAAUUAAUGUAGGGUGUUUUGUGAUGUUUUGGAAAUUGUUGUUAAGCUUUUAUCCUCAACACCAAGGAAAUACCCUGAGAAACCAAAUUUGUAUAGAGUCAAAAAAGUUUUUUCUGUGGUUUAUAAAUAAUAUUAGGCAAAGUUAGCAAUAACAAUGCACAUUGCACAAUGCACAAUGGUACAUUAUUUUGCCAUCACUGCACUACUACUAAUAUGUGAAUUUCCCGCAGGAAAUUUUACGGAAGACAUGUUACAGUUUGACCUCUGGAACCGGGGUACUUGGAAGAAGAUUAUCCAACCACAACACUUUAGAAUUAUAAUAAUAAUAAUAAUAAAGUAAUAAUAAAGUCUUUAUUCAUCAAGAGAUAAAAAUAUAUAAUUAUCUUUUGUAACAAGUAAGUGUAAGAAAACAAAUGAUUCUCAAGUUUGUUAUUGCAAACGGACCAAUAAAGUUCAAGGUUCAACUAUGCAACUCUUGCACUGUUGGAAACCUUAAGGUGGCUCGACUGGAUUUGUUGCAGUUGAUACCUCCCAACUUUCAGCAUUAACUACGUCGGGAUGAGUAAAGAUAUGGAAAAAAGGUUACCACAACUGUAUCAUAUAAAGAUGAAAAUUUCUUAUGAUCUGGGUUUUAUUGCAACCGGAGUCGCCAUGGCAACGUAAUGACGCCAUUACGUUUUUCAUUUAUCUUUGUGUUUCUCUGUUCCAGGAGUUUUUGAAGAAAUCGCUUAAGGGAGUAUGUACCUGCUAUAAUUGCCUCCAUUAUGGCAAAGUUUGAACAAAUUCCAUGAGAGCGUUUUCGAAAUAUUUUGAAAUGUAGUUUUAAGAAUAAUAAAAACAGUGAAAUAGCAUGCUACCUACACAAUUCGUUAAGAAAAUGAUAAGCUUUGGGAACGAGGCUUCAUCUCAUAGUGGUUUGAUUCCAUUGAAAACUGCAUACGAAAAUAGAGGGGAAUUGCUCUGGGCGAUCGCGAGUAAGAAGAAUUUUAUUAACUUGCAUUUAGCUGCUUUUGAUACAGUUUUUGGACGUAAUUUGGUCCAUGCUCAAAAAUUUCGUAUUUUUCCAAAAACCGCUUGAUAAAUUUUUCUAUAAAUUGGACCAUCCCGAGAUCAAUCGUCAAGAAAUAUUCCCUGCAAGUUUUAAGAACAUUGAAAACAGGGAAGGCUUUUAAAUAGGGCCUCAAAUAUAGCCAAUUUUCCCCCCAGAUUUUGUGUUUACAAGUGACAUCCUCAUUAUUCACUGGCAUUGUUUUCAAGUUUCAUAUACACGUGCACAUUUAGCAAAAAGAUAGAAUUUGCAGGUACAUACUCCCUUAAGCGAUUUCUUCAAAAAACUCCUGGAACAGAGAAACACAAAGAUAAAUGAGGAGGAGGUAUCAACCCCAAAAAAUCCAGUCGAGCCACCUUAAAACUGUUUAAACUUAUGUGACCUCUCAGGAAACAACCCUCAAAUUUAAUAAUGUUAUUGGUGUCUUUGCAAAAAACUUGAGAAUCUUUUGUUUUCAAGAAAUGUUGUCAUUGCAUAAUUUUUUUCCAAGUGCCCUGGUUCGAGUCAUUGCACUGUAAACAUGACAAUCUCAUUUCCUAUGCCACCGUUGUUGCUUAUAAUAUAAAGCCCACUGUCAAAUAUCUGAAACUCUGGUUAAUCAGUGUAAUUAGAAAUAAUAGUGGCCUCUGGAGAAUCUUUUUCAUGGAAACAGACUGUUUUCCUUAUUAAUUUUUUUAUUCAGAUCUCAGAAAACUUCCACUUGGUAUUCCUCUGAUUGAUGGUGGACUGAAAACAACUAAAGNUUUUGUGUUUACAAGUGACAUCCUCAUUAUUCACUGGCAUUGUUUUCAAGUUUCAUAUACACGUGCACAUUUAGCAAAAAGAUAGAAUUUGCAGGUACAUACUCCCUUAAGCGAUUUCUUCAAAAAACUCCUGGAACAGAGAAACACAAAGAUAAAUGAGGAGGAGGUAUCAACCCCAAAAAAUCCAGUCGAGCCACCUUAAAACUGUUUAAACUUAUGUGACCUCUCAGGAAACAACCCUCAAAUUUAAUAAUGUUAUUGGUGUCUUUGCAAAAAACUUGAGAAUCUUUUGUUUUCAAGAAAUGUUGUCAUUGCAUAAUUUUUUUCCAAGUGCCCUGGUUCGAGUCAUUGCACUGUAAACAUGACAAUCUCAUUUCCUAUGCCACCGUUGUUGCUUAUAAUAUAAAGCCCACUGUCAAAUAUCUGAAACUCUGGUUAAUCAGUGUAAUUAGAAAUAAUAGUGGCCUCUGGAGAAUCUUUUUCAUGGAAACAGACUGUUUUCCUUAUUAAUUUUUUUAUUCAGAUCUCAGAAAACUUCCACUUGGUAUUCCUCUGAUUGAUGGUGGACUGAAAACAACUAAAGUUCCUGUCUAUGUAAGAAUGACUUUAAUUUAAUACCCAACUGCAUUUUUGGCAAAAGACUGUUUGUUUUAAAUGUUAACAAGGCCACUGCUUCAGAGUGGAUGUGUCUUACUUGCUUAUCAACUAUUCUGUUCUGUGUUUUGAAAGUUUUCUUAUCAAUGUCUUUUCUAAUCUGACAAAAACCAGGUGCUAACUCUGUGCUUCCUUGAAUUGUCUGUUUAGUUAUGGUGUGUUUUUUUAACUCACUUCAUUUUCCAGAUUGCUGAUGUAGCCCAGGCAAUAGUUAAUGCCAUUAAUGAAGAUGACAGCAUUGGACAGACAUUUGAACUUGUUGGGUAAUUUCAUUGUUAUUAAUAUUACUGUUACUACCAAUAUUAUUUGUGAACACCUAAGUAUUGCAACAACUGUCAUUGUGUUCUUCCUGAAUGGGUCAAUAAAUUAUCUUUCCUUUAGCUUUCCUUGUAAGGUAAAAAUAAAAAGACGAUUGUAUACUUGUCUACAAGGAUGUUGUUAUGGUGUAAAUGCGACUGUUUGGUUUUGAUGAUUUCAUUCGAGUAAAUCCAAACUGUAGAUUUUUGCCUGUGGUACUUUUCCAGAAAAGGUUUAAUUUCCUCCUUCCUGUACAUGUCCAACUGAAAUAAAAAUAAAAAUGCAAUAAAAAAGAAUGGGAUUCAAAUACAUACAAGCAAAACUGUUGUAUGUAGCAAUCACAACUAGAGCUGGUCACUACCAUCUAAGAGAUAGUAAACAACAAAUUACACACUGAAUAAAGUUGUAAGUUGUUGCAGCUGUAAACCCAGCAUUUAAAUAAAAACUCUGAUAAGAUUGGAGCCCAUGAUGGCAUGGCAGAGCAAGUAGUGGGUGUAGUUGUGUGUGUGUGUGUUUUUUUGGGGGGGAGGGAGGUGGGGGCUUUUUUCACACUGCACACUUUUUAUGAGAAUUAUGCAUUUUAAUUUGUUUUGGCAAACAGAGGUAAUGUUAUGUAUAACCUGUCAUGCUAUCCCCAUCUUGGCUUUGUUAACUCCUACGUAAACACACCUUGCACAGUUAUUACUCUCCAUAAUCAUGUUCAAAUUUUUUCAGCCCAGAAGAGUAUUAUUUGUUUGAUAUUUUGGACUACAUCUACCGUUUGAUGAGGAGAGAAUUGCCACACUACACUAUGCCCAGAAAUAUUUAC